CCGCCCUCAUCCCAUCGCCUUCGGGAGAGGGACGCAGACUGGGAAGGGAAAGGGAGCAAGGGUCGAGGCGGCGGCGGCGGCGGCGGCGGCACCAGGGCGCUCCUUCUCCGGGCCCUGACUGUCAGUCUGUCCGGGGGAACGAAGACGCCGCCCCGCCACGCCACACGUCGCUCUUGUGCCCGCGCGCCACCUCGCCUCGCAGUCUCUUCUCGCUAUGUCCCACAGCAGGCAUCGCAUGGCGGCCCCGCCGCUGGAGCGCGAAGACAGCGGGACCUUCAGUUUGGGCAAGAUGAUUACUGCCAAGCCAGGGAAAACCCCGAUUCAAGUCUUACACGAAUACGGCAUGAAGACCAAGAACAUCCCGGUUUAUGAGUGCGAAAGGUCGGAUGUGCAGAUACAAGUGCCCACGUUCACCUUCAGAGUCACUGUGGGGGACAUAACUUGCACAGGUGAAGGUACAAGUAAGAAGCUGGCGAAACAUAGAGCUGCAGAGGCUGCCAUAAACAUUUUGAAAGCCAAUGCAAGUAUUUGUUUUGCAGCUCCUGAUCCCUUAAUGCCUGACCCUUCCAAGCAGCCAAAGAACCAGCUUAAUCCUAUUGGUUCACUACAGGAAUUGGCUAUUCAUCAUGGCUGGAGACUUCCUGAAUAUACACUUUCCCAGGAGGGAGGACCUGCACAUAAGAGAGAAUAUACCACAAUUUGCAAGCUAGAAUCAUAUAUGGAAACUGGAAAGGGGGCAUCAAAAAAGCAAGCCAAGAGGAAUGCUGCUGAGAAAUUCCUUGCUAAAUUCCGUAAUAUUUCUCCAGAUAAUCACUUUUCUUUAACAAACGUAGUUGGACAUUCUUUCGGAUGUACUUGGCAUUCCUUGAGGAAUUCUCCUGGUGAAAAGAUCAACUUACUGAAAAGAAGUCUCCUCAGUAUCCCAAAUAUAGAUUAUAUCCAGCUGCUUAGUGAAAUCGCCAAGGAACAAGGUUUUAAUAUAACGUAUUUGGAUAUAGAAGAACUGAGUGCCAACGGACAGUAUCAGUGUCUCGCUGAACUAUCCACCAGUCCCAUCACAGUCUGUCAUGGCUCGGGGAUCUCCUGUGGCAAUGCACAGAGUGAUGCAGCUCACAAUGCUUUGCAAUAUUUAAAGAUAAUAGCAGAGAGAAAGUAAAUGGGGCGCAACACAGGAAACCUAUCCAUAGCCAACCACAGGCAACACGUUUCCCUUUGGCCCCUUCCCCAGAAAAAUACGUUAAAUGUUUCUGUCUGUACAUUGUUUCUAAGUCUCUUUCUAGACUCCAUCAAGACUCCAUAUUUGAAUUAUCUCCUAGUCAUUUUGUUAAGCUCUUUUUAAUGGCUUCAACUUUGUAUUGGUAUAUUGUAUUUAUAAACUUUGUACCAUAGCAGAGUGUCACAGCCAUUUACAAUGCCAUGUACAUAGACAAGAAACUGCAUGUUUGUUGUUGAUAAUGAAGAUGACGAAGAAGUAAAGCUUAUUGCUAGCGAGAGUCUUUCUUCCUGGUGCUUACCCUCUUUCUGCAAGGCUUUGUAAAGAAGGAAUUCUAAGAACUCAGUACUGAGCAACACGGAGUGGGCAAUCUUUAAAUUUUAGGGGUCAUGAUUCUUGUGCUGUGUAUUCAAGUUCAUGUAAUAAAAGCUGUUGUUAUAAA